AUGAUUUGUGCCAUAGCGACAGGCCCUAAUGCCAUUCCAGUCUCCCUAGAACGGGGAAACCACCUCCUCAACACGGUAGAGGAAAAUAAAACGAGCGACGAGGUCGUGCAGAGGACUCAGCCGCCUUCGGAAACGCGGUUGGAGUCUGGGCCGGUGCCGAUGCGGAGUGAGGAGGCUCCGUGCGAGAAGACGGAUAGCAGCGGGAAAUUUGCAGAAGCGAAAGAAGAAGACUGCAGGCCAGAAGGGAUAGAGACUAUGCCGCACUGGUGGCGGGAAACUAGUGCGAAGGAAUGUUGCAACCAAGGAGGAGCCUUGUGUUACAUGGGUGCAACAGCGUCCGACGAGCUCCGAACCUCUGUGAAUGGCCAGUGGUGCGAGUUACCGGCCGUUAGGACGGGUGAAGAGAGAUUGCAGUGUAACAGUCACAUAGUAGCACCUCCAAGAACUCCUGCAGAGCAAGCAUAUAACAUUUUGACUAAGCAAGUGGAGGGUAUGUCAGCGGAGGGGGCUGCCAUAUUGCUACGGCCGCCACCUAAAAGGUAUAAAUCCCAUGCGAAGACUAAGGCGAAGGCACGGAUAACGGCGCUUGUUCGCCAAGCGGCGGCCGACGCAAAGAAUCUCAGGGCACCAUUGCACGGUUUGCAUUACAUCCUGGCUUUGCGCGACGCUGGCUUGUCAGUGGCUCUGAGGUUCACGGAAAAGUGGCAAGGCGACCUUUGCUGCGCGUUGAUCGGGAAUCGACCCAAAGCCUCCGGUUCUAGCCGUCCUUUGACUUCUACUGCCUUGACAACAGCAGAAGAUGAAGAAGAGUCUCCAUGGCCUACGGCAAAACUCGAACACGAUGAGUGGAUAAACUCGACACAGGCGCAAGCUAUUCCACUCGAGAUUACCAAGGUGUUGAAAGAGUAUCGGGAGGUCUUCCCCGAUAACUUACCUAAAGGAUUACCGCCGAAGCGCCCUCGUGAUCACUAUAUCCCACUUGUACCUGGAAAACUUCCUAUCUGCUCUCCUACGAUAACGGCCGACAAGCGUGAUGAUGGCUCCGGGGAGAGGAAGAUGUGUGUGGUAGUUACUUACCAGGCUAUGAAUGCCCUUACAGUCGCUCCUGAUAUUCCAUUACCUCCCAUUCAAACAAUUCUGCAGAUGCUGGAAGGCGCCAAGUAUUUUUUUUUUGGACCUUGA